UGAAUGUUAAAGAGCUCGUUGCAAUCUUGUCUGAUACGGUCAUGGCAACCUUCAAGGUUUUAGUUCCUUGUAUUUUCCUUCUAAUAUAUUUCACAUCGUCAGCUUAUGGCUUUAUCGAGGGGCUCUACUGUGGAACAGAAAACUGUUACGACGUGCUCGGAGUCUACAGAGAAUCUUCAAAGGCUGACAUUGCCAAAGCAUACAGAAAACUUGCCAGAAAGUACCAUCCUGAUAGAUACAAGGGAGAAGAUGCUGAAACCAAAUUUCAACUUAUUGCAACAGCUUAUGAGGUUUUGAAGGAUGAUGAACAAAGAGCUGACUAUGACUAUAUGUUGGACAAUCCAGAGGAGACCUAUGGCCAUUAUUAUCGGUACUACAGAAGACAGGUGGCUCCAAAAGUGGACGUGAGAGUUGUUAUAGCUGUGUCAAUCACUGUUGUCUCAUUGCUCCAGUAUCUUCAUGGAUGGUCACGCUACAAUGAAGCUGUCAAAUAUGCAUUAACAAUGCCCAAAUACAGAAACAAGGCCAUGCAAAGGGCAAGAGAAGAAGGUCUUCUUAAUAACCUGAAAAAAGGCAAGAAAUCCAAGGAAGAAUUCCGUGAAGAAGAGGAGUCAAUUCUAAGGGGGGUAGUGGAGAAUUCUUUGGACAUAAGGGGAGGUCACAGCAAGCCCAGAAUAGCUGAUGUUCUGUGGAUCAGGAUUGUCCUUCUUCCUUACACAAUUUUGAGUUACUUUGCCUGGCUGAUACACUGGUAUUGGAAGUUUAACAUCAAACGAGAGGAGUAUGGGGACAAGGAAAAGGCAUACCUUAUUAGGAAAAAGUUGGGAUUAACCUCUGUCCAAUGGGAUGCGAUGGAGCCGGUGCAGAAAGAUGUUUUCUUUUCAAGACAGUUGUGGAUUGACGCAAACUUUCGGGAAUUUAAAAAAGAACAAGAAGAGGAAAUGAGGGUUAAACUUGCUCAAAACAACAAAUACAAAGCUUACAGACGCUACAUGAAGAAAGGCGGACCUGGGCAGAUGACCUUUAUCGAAGAUGAUUAGAUACAUGUCAUACGACAUAAAUACACAGAUUAUGUAAUUUUCUUAUUUAAUGACGGCAGAAAUGGUUUUGGUGAUGAUAGUUACUGAGCCAAAUACGUUAUUUUGCUGUGGUAGGUACUCUUCUGUAAGACUUAAUGCAAAUUUAGUCCUUUAAAUGGCACAAUAAAGAAUAAACUUUGCUGUU